AUGGAGGGAGAUGUUAUGAGGAAAGAAGAGGCUCUGAGAGAACCACUGAGUGGUUUACGGAAGGGGGAAGUGAAAAGUGAGGAUUUCAGUUUACCUGAGUGUACAAAACUGGCCAGCAGCAAGCCCGUAGCCUUGCACUCAGAUGGUGAUGUUGUGAUUGGAGGAUUUUUCCCUCUACAUUAUGUUGCAUCUAAGCCAGAGUACAGUUACAACAGUAAACCUCAAGUUACAUCUUGCUGUGGCCUUUACCACACCGUGUUUCACUGGAUGAUGACCAUGGUUUUCACUGUGGAUGAAAUUAAUCGUAAUUCAAGCCUAUUACCAGGUGUUAAACUAGGCUACAGAAUUAUGGACAGCUGUGACCAUGUCCACACCAGUCUGCAAGCACUUUUUUCCUUAAUCAAAAAUUACAUGAAAGAAAAAUUAACAGUAGAAAUGAAGACAAGGGAGUAUUCCCCCUGUCUGAAUUAUUCUCCGGUGCCUGCUGUGAUUGGUCUUGCAUCAUCUACCCCUACAAGAGCUGUAGCUCACACGCUUGGCCCUUUCAACAUACCUCUGGUGAGUUAUUUUGCCACUUGUAGCUGUCUUACUGACAAGCAUUUGUACCCAUCAUUCUUGAGAACUGUGCCAAGUGAUCUCUUUCAAGUUAGAGGUCUCGUAAAGCUUGUUACUUUCUUUGGCUGGUUCUGGGUGGGCACAAUAGGAGCUAUGGAUGAUUACAGUCUUUAUGGUAUCCAAGCAUUCUCUAUUCAGUUUGGACAACAAGGUGGGUGUGUGGCAUUUCAUCUCACGAUCCCGACAUCACCCACAGUCGCUGAGAUACAAAAAAUGGCAGACAAACUCCAGAGGUCAACAGCUCGGGUUGUGGUGGUAUUUGCCAAAGACGUAAAUUUGCUAGAUUUGUUUUCAGAACUUACUCAGAGAAAUAUGACAGGGAUACAAUGGGUAGUCAGCGAAGCCUGGAUGACCGCUACUCAGCUGACCACUCCUGACUUCCAUAAUCUUCUAGAGGGAACACUGGGUUUCUCCUUCCCUGGAGUCAGCAUCCCAGGCUUGAAAGAGUUUCUUCUGAAUGUCCGACCAUCUCCCAAACCAGGAAUGGAGUUGGUCAAUGUGUUCUGGGAAGAAUAUUUUGGUUGUAAGCUAGAGUUUGAAAGAGACAAAAGCGCUCUGAAAAAAACUGUAUGCACAGGUUUAGAGGAUCUGAGUUACACAGAUAGCAGUUAUAGUGAUGUAUCUCAGGCCCGAAUAUCCUAUAAUGUGUAUAAAGCUGUGUAUGCCGUUGCCCAUGCUCUGCACACUUUCUUAAACUGUAACUCAACAGGACCUACCAGGGGAUUGUGUGAGAUGCACAACUCAUUUACAAACGGUCAGUUUCUUCAAUAUCUGAAAAUGGUGAAUUUCACCAACCAGUUUGAUGAGAAAGUAUAUUUUGACUCCAAUGGAGAGCCAGUCCCUCUCUAUGACAUCAUUAACUGGCAGAAGGACAGCAAGAAUGAAAUUAGUUUUGUCAAGGUAGGAAAUUAUGAUGGUUCAGCUCAGCAAGGACAACAGCUGCAGAUACUGAAGAACACUAUAGUAUGGACAACAAGACAGUCACAGGUUCCUGUAUCUCAGUGUAGUGCUCCAUGUCCCCCUGGCAGCAGGCAGGCCACACGCCAAGGAGAGCCCAAAUGCUGCUUUGAUUGUUUGCCCUGUGCAGAUGGAGAGAUCAGCAACCAGACCGGUUCCACUGAAUGUAUUAAAUGUCCUGAGUACUUCUGGUCAGACAAAGAAAAAGUGAAAUGUGUUGCAGGCGAAGAAGAAUUCCUGUCUUUCAGUGACACGAUGGGAAUCAUCCUGGUAGCAAUUACCUUGCUGGGUUUCAUACUGACCACCAUCAUCACCAUUGUGUUUCACAGUUUCCGCUUUACACCCAUCGUCAAGGCCAACAAUUCAGAAAUAAGUUUCUUGCUUCUCCUGUCACUCAAGCUCUGUUUCCUGUGUUGUCUGGUGUUCAUUGGUCAGCCGUCUUGGUGGACAUGUAGGCUCCGCCAGGCAGCAUUUGGGAUUAGCUUUGUCCUGUGUUUGUCCUGCCUCCUUGUUAAGACUAUUGUGGUCCUCCUGGCUUUCCAGACUAAUGUACCUGUUUCCAGGGGUCGGAUGCUGUUUGGUACAUUCCAGCAGAGGAUUUUGAUCUUGUGCACUACAGCUCCUCAGAUUUGUCUCUCUACUGGCUGGGUGUUGGGUGCACCUCCCUUUCCAUUUAGGAAUUCAAACUACCAAGUUAUAACUGGAAAAAUUGUUGUGGAGUGUAAAGAGCCAUGGCCUCCUGGGUUUUACCUGCUCCUUGGUUACAUUGGCCUACUGGCCUUUGCCUGUCUUCUCCUGGCAUUCUUUGGACGAAAGCUACCGGACACAUUCAACGAAGCAAAGUUCAUCUCCUUCAGCAUGCUGAUUUUCUGGGCUGUGUGGAUUUCUUUCAUUCCAGCUUAUGUCAGUUCUCCUGGGAAAUUUUCUGUAGCAGUGGAAAUAUUUGCUAUCUUAGCAUCCAGUUUUGGGUUGUUACUUUGUAUUUUUGUGCCCAAAUGUUACAUCAUUUUACUGCACCCUGAAAGGAAUAUUAAGAAAGGCAUGACUGGAAAAAAUCCAAGAUGA